AUGGCACAGGUUGCAGCCAUUGGAUUGGACCCUUCAAAGCACUUAGGCAAAGAAGUAGCGUACUUGGAGUCCCAUCUACACAAGUUGCAAGAAUUGUAUGGAAUAAAUGUAUGUGGUGAAGGAGGAGAAUAUGAGACAUUGACGCUUGACUGCCCCCUCUUUAAAAAUGCUCGAAUUGUGCUAGAUGAAUCUCAAGUUGUACUUCACUCUUCAGAUUCCAUAGCUCCUGUUGGGAUCCUCCAUCCCUUGGCAUUCCAUUUGGUAAAUAAGCGGGAGAAUGCAUCUUUGAUUGACAGUAACAGAAGCAGUGAUGUCUGUCUGGGAGAAAUGGAUUCAGUAUGCGAAGUGCAAGGGAACUGUUUACAAAGAUGCAAAGCAAAGUGCCAGUCUGGUGAUGUAACCUUUAGUUUAACUGAAGUUGAAGAACAUAAACUUCACAUUUCAAAAACCAAAAAUGAUGAUACUUUUUCCAUUUCUUGCUGGUUGCAAGAUUCAUGUCAAGCUUCAGCAGAUUUGCAACAGGAUCUGAAGGUUAUUCUUAGGAAAAUUGAAGUACAACUCCUGAAAUAUGGUUACUCUUGGGAGAAUGUACUUUAUAUUCAUCUCUACAUUGCUGAUAUGAAUCAGUUCGCAACAGUGAAUGAAUCCUAUGUGAAAUUUAUUACUCAGGAGGAAUGUCACUCUGGUGUUCCAUCCCGCGCUACAGUUGAACUUCCUCUUUUGCAAGUUGGUUUAGGGAGGGCAUAUAUUGAAGUCUUGGUGGCAACUGAUAACAGCAAAAAGGUAUUGCAUGUACAAAGUAUCUCCUGCUGGGCUCCUAGUUGCAUUGGUCCAUAUAGCCAGGUGACUGAAAGGAUAGUCAGGUCUUUGAUGCCAAGGGUUGCCUUUUCAGACACAGGUUUAGAGCCCAAGGAAAAGCUUUUUCAUGAGUCAGGAAGUGCACUCCUCAGGUAUGGAAGUGCUUCUCCAUCCGAACUUGCAUUGUCAUAA